CACUUGGGUGCAGAUCUACUCGGCGCCGCCGGAGACUACGGCAAGCUCGACGACAAGGCCGGCGUCGGUCAGUACCUCGACAAGGCCGAGAAGUACCUCCACCAGUACGAGACCACUCACCACACCACCACCGGAGGAGCUGCUCCGGCAAAUGCUCCCCCGGCCGGAGAACCGGCGGUAAAGAAAGACGAUGGGGAUUCGGGAAGUGGGUUUGGGGACUACAUGAAGAUGGCUCAAGGUUUCAUGAAGAAGUGAUUGUAUUAAGCCUAUGGUGAUAGAUUAA